AUGGCCCCUCGUCCAAGAACGGCGGAUUUGAGGCUUGGCUUUUUCGAGAAGCUGAGCCUCGUGCCCAUUCUCGCGGCUGUUUAUGAUUCCUACCUCGCCUACUGCAAGCGCUUCAACGUCCAACCCGUCACCGAAACCCUCAAGGACGGCACAAACGCCUACUGGGUCGGCUCCAAGGGCGCCGAGAAAGUGUGGAUAUUCUUCCACGGCGGCGGCUACUCCGUCCCCGCCGCCCCCGAGCACUUCAUCCUCCUCCACUCCCUCAUCCACGACCUGAACAACAACACUCCCGGAGGCAGCAGCAGCAACAGCCUCGCCGCCCUCGUCCUCCACUACGACGUCGCCCCCUUCGCCGCCUACCCGCGGCAACUCGCCCAAGCCGCCCAGCUCCUCAACCACGUCCUCCGCUCCCUCCGCUUCGCCCCCGGCAACGUCCUCGUCGGCGGCGACUCCGCCGGCGGCAACCUCACGCUCGCCCUGCUGAGCCACAUCUUGCAUCCGCAUCCGGAAGUACCACGGGUAGAUUUAGAUCCCGAAGGGGAGGAAGACGGCGGCGGCGGCGGUGAUGAGGGCGGUGGCGAGAACAGGCUGAGAGCGGCAGUCCUGAUAUCGCCCUGGGUCUCGUUCGACACGACGACGGCGUCCUACGCCCGCAACGCCACCCGCGACAUGAUCAGCGCCGCCUCGGUCACGCGCUGGGCCACGCUCUUCCUCGGCGGGCGCCCGACGGAUCCGUAUAACGAGCCCGUCGACGUCCCCGCUGGCUGGUGGAAGGGGCUGGAUACCAAGGCCGUGCGGGAUGUGCUGUUCCUGGCGGGCGAGUACGAGGUGUUGUUGGAUGGGAUUCUGAAUUGUGUGGAGAGUGUGAGGAAUGAGUGGGGUAGAGGAGGAGGAGAGGGACAAGGGGAGGUGGCGUGCGUGGUUACGGAGGGCGAGGGCCAUAUCAGUUGUUGGGUGGAUACGAUGUGGGGGUUUGGGAAGGAGGAGUUGAAGAUGUAUACCGAGAUGAGGGAGUGGUUGAGGGCGAGGGUUUAA